AUGGACAAGAACGACGCUUGCCUUGACCUCCUCCGUCGAUUACACCCACGCAACGUUGAGCGUAACCUUGAGAGCCUUUGCCAACUUGUCGCCGGUGACGAUGAGCUUGUUGAGGAUCUCUUAGGAACUGUGGACGUGCCGCUCAAAAAAGCCAAGUGCAACGAGCUGGGGAAAUCUUACUUGUUGUGUGAUUACAAUCGAGAUGGCGACCUGUACCGUUCUCCUUGGUCGAACCAGUUUUAUCCGUUGCCGGAAGACGAUGAUGGCCCUCGUCCGCUGGAGAAGCUUCGGGAACUCGAGAUAGCGGCCAACGAAUCUUUCGAUAUUUAUCGUGAUUUGUAUUACGACGGCGAAGGGGUCUCUCUGGUGUACUUAUGGGACACUGAUGAUGAUGACUUCGCUGGCGUGGUGCUCUUUAAGAAAGAAAAUGAGGGAGGACUGUGGGAUCUGAUUCACGUUGUUGAAGUUACGAAUGUUCUGGACACACAAGCCAAGUAUCGCAUCACGCUGACGGUAAUCUUGGAUUUGGGAUCUGAACAUGAUUUACUGUUAAGUGGAAAUAUGACCCGCCAAUUGGAGGCUAGCUUACCUCUCGAUUUGGAGCAAGCUCCACUGAAGAGUUUAGCCCACUUAGUAAAUUUGGGUCAAUUAGUCGAAAAGCAAGAAGGGAACAUUCGCAAUUUGUUACAAGACGUAUACUUUGACAAGUUGAAGGACGUUUUGUUGCGGGACUUGCGUUCAGUUGGCGACGUAAGUGAAAAGCGCGUGGAGGAUGAAAAGCACGCCGAUGUCAUUCGCGGUUUACAAGAGUUGUAG